AUGGACCCCUCUGCGGGUGUGCGUAACUCCCCUUCUGACCUGGCGCCCCUCCCACAAUGCGUGAUUCUAGUUCAGACCUGGCACCCUUCUCACAGAACUUCCUCAGCUCCAUCAGCGGUGUGUCCCUGGGCUUCUCCCCGCUCACAGCCGCUCCUGACCCGCUGGGAGCUCCUCACACACACCGCCCUCACCCCCCACGCCUCCAGCGGGCCCUCAGCCUUCACACAGGCUUCCAGAGUCAUGGACCCCGACAAGCUGGACCACCACGCCUGGAGCUACCACGGGGAGGGCAACAGGAGCCUGGUGGCGUCGCAUUUGCAGAUUCCAAGAGUUCUGCGUUUUCUCAAGUAUCCAGCAGCCGACUCUGAAAACCCUCCUCAGACGUCGGAGCAGACAUACAAACAAAUCCAGAGCAUCGUGGACUUCACCUCCAACAUCAUGUGUAGCUUCAUCGGAGACGAGUUCAUCCACAGUGGGGAGGUGGUGAAGUUGCCACUGGAGUUCGUCAGGCAGCUGUCUAUCAAAGUGCAGCACCAGAGGCCAGCCUGGAGAUGUAACAAAGUAAUGGAUAUCUACAGUGGCUGUGCCCUCUGCUUACCCAACCUGACCACGCCCCUUUACCACACCCCCACUCUAGCCCCGCCCCUCUGUAUCGAAAUCAAGCCAAAGUGUGGAUUUCUUCCAUCGUCAAAACACGUCACAAAAGAAGUGAAGUCGAGAGUCUGUCGCUUCUGCAUGCACCAGCACUACAAGGUCUCCAAUGGGAUGUGGAAGAAGCGCAGCCUCUACUGUCCACUGGACCUGUUUUCAGGAAACAGGCAGAGAAUGGCCUUCGCAAUCCGACACCUGAUAGAAGAACCACAGAACAACUUCAAAAUAUUCAAGGGCGGGCAGUUGAUCUACAGCAGUAGAGACAGAGAUCGUGAGGACUUUGAGGACUCAGCCGACUAUGUGACGUCACUGUUGAACCAGCUACGAAUUUACUUCACUUCAUCAAAUCAGCGAAUCAGCGUCCACAAGAGCCUGCUGCACGACUUCAUACAGGUGUUGGUGAAGGCGCUGCUGAGUGGGGGUGGGGCCAGCAUGGGUGACUCCUCCCACAGGUGUACAGAGGGGCGGGGCUUCUGUGAGGGCAGCAGCUUCAGUAGAGAACGUCUCAGACACAACUCUCAGGAGCUGCCUUCGCACUGCGUCCUCUCCCGGGUUUUGCACACUCAGAUGUUGGAUUCGUUGGAUAUUGAGGGCUUGUUUCCUCUGUAUAGACGAGUGGAGCAACAUCUGCAUCACUUCCCCAAAGAACGGAGCCGGUUGCAGGUGGACGGUCCGUACGAUGAGAUGUUCCUCCAGUCGCUGCACAAGUGUCCAGCUGAAGACGACGGUUCCGUGGAGUACGCUGUGGCCAGGGUUCAUCAGUACAGGGCAGCGAUGACAGCGAAGGACUGCUCCAUCAUGAUCACACUGAUGCCCACAGCAGAGGAGGACGACGGCCACCAGAGGACUCUGUCAGUCUCGGUCCUGGACUUGGACCCAAAGCCCUUUGAGAGCGUCCCUCGACAGAUGCGGCUGGACCAGAAAGUCGUGAACUCGUUUAUAAGAAACUCGACAGGACUCAAACCUCCGCCUCGAGAAGACUGCAUGCUGCUGUUCCACCCGGUCUGA